CAAGGGUGAGAUCUUUAAAUGGGGAGGGGGGGAGUAUCCUUUUUAUAGAUGAGACUCAGUGAGGAUCAGAAUCUCUCCAUAACCUUAAAAGAGACAGCGGUGAUUUUCCUCUGUGGAUAACCUGGCUUUAAUUUAUCUGUAGCCCAGUGGAAAGGGGGGCAUAAGUGGAUGCUUUGUUUUCAUGCUUGGUUGGUGAGGCACAGAUGGACAAGCAGCUGAUGCAGAGGGCAACGCACUUGGAAAGCGAGGACCCGAAGGCAUCUUGAAAUAGAAAUUCAAAGGAGGAGGAGGAGAGAGAGAUAGAGAGAGAGAGAGAGGAGGGGGAUUUUUCAGUGAGAGCAGUGGUAUGCCAGGCUCAAUACCUAGCUAGCAUGGCUGUGCAGAAGAAACAGAGUGUCGUCCCUCCAUCACAGGGACCACUAUCUACACGUACCAUUGAGAACCAGAGGAAGGGGAAUGGAUAUGACAGAACGGGAGACAACUGCAAACCAAAUUCACAGGCAAAGAAAACCGCCGUUUCUGCCUGUUCACGGAUCGCUGCAGUGGUUAAUGGACAAAACAUUGAUGAGAGGCUGAAAGCAGCACGAGAGAGACGAGAAGAACAACAGAGGGCACUUGCCUCUCGGGAGCUGAGCAGAAUUGAACGGGAGCAGCGGGCCAGGCGGUACUUUGAACAGCAGCUGCAGCAGCGCAAGAAGAAACUCCUGGAGCACAGGCUGAAAGAGGAGAGGAGGCGUGCUGCUGUGGAGGAGAAGCGCAAGCAGCGACUGAAAGAGGAGAAAGAGCGUCAUGAAUCAGCAGUGCGUAGGACACAGGAGAAGAGCCAAAAGGCCCUGCAGAGCCCCGGUCAGAACUCCAGAGGAAGGAAGCUCGCCAAGAACGUUCCACGUCGCUUACCACUGACACCAUGGGAGAAGAACUUGGUCAGUCGCCUCCUUACCCCCACAUGCUCUUAUCUGGCCAGGAGCAAGAGUGCUGGUUGUCAGUCAGGAGAAGAAGUUGUUCAUAUUUGUCGUCGCGCAGUUUCAUUCCACUCCAUGAACACCACCAUCACCAUCACUCCUCCAAAACCCCAGUGCUCUGGUUCAGUCCCCAGCAGGCCAACUGCCUCACCCGGUCCCAACCACAGCCAGUACAGAAGCAUCAAUCUGGCACAGUACAAAUCACCAAGACAACAAGAUACUCCUAAGAAGAACUCGAACAGUAUCUCAAAUACUCGAAAUGCCUCCCCCUGUCCCAACAAAAGCCAGCAGAGAAGCAUCAAUCUGGCACAGAUCAAAUCACCAACGAAGCAAGAUACUCCUAAGAAGAGCUCAAACAGUGGCUCAAGUACAAGAUCGACUGCUGCCAACACCAGGGUCAAACCGGCCACCGUCACAAAGAGCAGACCCUCCCCCCCGCCCUCCCCUGAAAGGACCCCCCGAAGAUCGAUCAGCAGACAUCCAACCCCGCUGCAGCUUGAGCUCCCAUCCGUCCCUGAGGAGGAUGUUUCGGUUUGUAGCGCUGCCCUCUCUCCCGGUAACUCCAGGCCUGUCAGGACAUCAGCUGAAGGUCGGCAAGAGAAUCCACCUGAGACUCCGUGUUCCAGCCUGCCCGAAAACAAGACAGAAGCAAGAACCAGAGCAGCAGAAGAUAGAAGUCCUCUCCAGACACCUCCUCCUUCAACUCCAGGGACUCCUCAAGUCACUUCCAAGCCUUCAGGAGGGACGACAGACCGAGAGGAGGCUUCACGUCUCCUGGCUGAAAAGAGGAGAGAGGCCCGGCUCCAACGGGAGAGAGAGGAGCAGGAGCGGCUGCAAAGAGAGGAGGAGGAAAGGCGGUGUCGCGAAGAGCUGGAGCGCAAGAGGGCGGAGGAGCGAGCGCGCCAGCAGGCCGAGGCCCAACGUCUCAUCGAGGAGAAGAUGAGGAGGGAGGAAGAGGAGCAGAGACAAGCCGAGGAAGAAAGAGCUCAGGCCAUGAGGGAGGCCGCCCUCCUGCAGAAACAGAGAGAGGAAGAACAAGCCAAAGAGAGGGAGAAGGCCGAACAGAUCAAACAGGAACGGGAAAUAAUCGCACAGAGAGAGGAGGCAGCGCGGCAAGCGAGGAAAAAGCGACUUGAGGAGAUCAUGCGGAGGACCAGAAGGACAGAUUCUCCAGAUACGAAAUCUGCACCAGUGAGGACCUUGCCACCCUUGCCAAAUGAAGCGCAACCAAAGGAAAACACGCAUCCUGUGCACAACGGCACUAUAGAAGAUGCAGUCAAGCUGCCGUCGGUGACUAAAACCUCCCAGCUGGGUCUGAAUAAUGAGGAGGACAUGGUACCUGUUGUGGCCUUCAAAGAACGCAGGUCUCUGAGGACUCUCACAGGCCUGGACGAAAUCCAGACCCACCAACGAGCAGAGGUCAUCUGAGCUCCUGCAUGUGGGCAAGAUGAUCACAAACUUCGUUGGAGAGCAGUGAUUUCCCCGUGAACCACAGCGAUUACUGCGGCACAGCCAUUGCGCUGCCCCUUUGGCACCUUGAAAGAGCAUGUAAAAUACAGCCUUGCCUCUCACUGAGGCUUUUCUGUGUGUAACCAGUGGCACAAACAUUGGGCAAGCUAUUUAUUAUCCUUCAGUACAGCAGGUUUCCCAACUAAUAACGACUAUCCCGAAAUAUAACACAGUAGAUGUAGACAGUGGUGAUGAUAGUUUGCUGGAUAGUGUUGCCUCUGUGAAAUACUAGGAAUAGCCAUUCUAACAAACACAACAUAUGUUAGCCAUAUGCUUAUUACUUAUUCCUGAUAUUUCUUGCCAUCUAAGCACUUUCCCUUCCUCAGUUUCUGUCACUGUGGAUUUAGAAACAGCUCGAGUGGCUGUUUUGCGCUGAGAACACCAGCGUUUUGGGUCGUUGGUGAGAGCGUCACCUCCCGCAUUAAAAGUCCUGUCCUGCCCUAUGAUUUUGUCGAGUACAGCAAUCACAUAUUUC